AACAGGAAAAUCCGCACGACGAUGCCACACACAGAAAUUCAGUUCAAUGCGAAAUUUUGUUUGAACCAGACGCGAAAUCUGUUAACGCCGCGUGGCAAAAAUCGCGUUGGCAAGUGCGUAAGAACUGUCAACAACGCAAGCAGCCAAAUAAAACAUUGUUCAAUAAACCGCGAAGUGUUUUAAAAGAAUUUUAAAAAUAUUUUAAAAAAAUAUAAAAACACAAACGAAAGCCCAGAGGUGUAACAAUUAAUUUUGCAUAGAAAUCAAGUCAUUAUUUUGGGCCAACGCGUGUGUGCAGCAUCGAGAUACUCACUUGUAAGACAAGCUAGUUGAUAGCCCGACUAAACGAAGCUCAUCGAAGUCAAUCGCCUCCGGUGAAAUCGCUGGCCAAUUGACAGUGCCGCUUGUUUAACACAUUUCUUAACACCGAACUCAGUUGCAAUUUGAAUUCAAAGUGUAAUUUCAAUUUCCAUUUACAUUUCGAGUGCACAAUAUUCAAUUGGAAUUGCAAUUGCAAUUUAUGCCACGGCAAGUAGUUUGAGCGAUGCCAGACUGAGGCGCAAUCAUGCUGCACUUAAGGCUAUUCGAUAGCUCACUCUACUACACGCUGGCCUCCGCCUCCGAAUCCUCGGGACUCGUGUCCUCCACCUCCACCUCCACUUCCACCUCCACCUUCACAUCCACGGAAAGGUCGUUCAAUGGCACCCAGGAGGCGGGGGGCGUGGCCGUGGGCGGCGAGUACCUACCGCCCACCGACGUGGCGGCAGUUAAUCUGACAUAUUUCACACCUGCGAUAUCACACGUGAUGCUGGCGCCAACAACGAUAGCAGCCACGACAGCCUCGGCCACAAUGGUCCAGAUCCAGACGACAGCGGCGCCAAGUCACGACUUGGAGACGGGCGGCAACUCCACAUCCAGCGACCCCGGCGAAUUUGACAAUUUAAAUUCGUUCUACUUUUAUGAGACCGAACAGUUUGCGGUGCUCUGGAUCCUGUUUACUGUCAUCGUCCUGGGCAAUUCUGCCGUUCUCUUUGUGAUGUUCAUCAACAAGAAUCGCAAGUCGCGCAUGAACUACUUCAUCAAACAGCUGGCAUUGGCAGAUCUGUGCGUGGGACUGCUCAACGUCCUCACCGACAUUAUAUGGCGCAUCACGAUUUCGUGGCGGGCGGGCAACCUGGCCUGCAAGGCCAUCCGCUUCUCGCAGGUCUGCGUCACAUACUCGUCCACCUACGUGCUGGUGGCCAUGAGCAUCGACAGAUACGAUGCCAUCACACACCCCAUGAACUUCUCAAAGUCGUGGAAAAGAGCCCGUCAUCUGGUGGCAGGCGCGUGGCUCAUCUCGGCGUUGUUUUCGCUUCCCAUCCUGGUUUUGUACGAGGAGAAGCUCAUCCAAGGACAUCCGCAAUGCUGGAUUGAGUUGGGUUCACCGAUCGCCUGGCAGGUGUACAUGAGUCUGGUAUCUGCCACUCUAUUUGCCAUUCCUGCACUGAUCAUUUCCGCCUGCUAUGCGAUCAUCGUAAAGACGAUUUGGGCAAAGGGUUCCAUUUUUGUGCCCACUGAACGUGCUGGGUUUGGAGCCGCACCUGCCAGGAGGGCCAGCUCAAGGGGCAUUAUUCCACGGGCAAAGGUCAAAACGGUCAAGAUGACAUUGACCAUCGUGUUUGUGUUUAUCAUCUGCUGGUCGCCAUACAUCAUCUUCGAUCUGCUGCAGGUCUUUGGCCAGAUUCCACACUCACAGACCAACAUCGCCAUCGCCACCUUCAUCCAAAGUCUCGCACCGCUGAACUCGGCGGCCAAUCCGCUGAUCUAUUGCCUCUUCUCAUCGCAGGUCUUUCGCACAUUAAGUCGCUUUCCGCCCUUUAAGUGGUUCACCUGCUGCUGCAAAUCAUACCGCAACAACUCACAGCAGAACCGCUGCCACACGGUUGGUCGUCGACUGCACAACAGCUGCGAUUCGAUGAGGACACUGACCACUUCGUUGACGGUGUCCCGUCGCUCCACCAACAAGACCAACGCCCGUGUGGUCAUCUGCGAACGGCCCACCAAGGUGGUUACCGUGCCAGCCAUGUCGGAGGUAUGAUAGCUGGCCCACACCAGCCGGAAAAGAUCCGCGUUCUCGAUUCAUGGUCCCACGUCCUUCAGCGACGCGGAGUUCCUUUAAAUGGAAACAAGGACAUCCUGUGAAUGCACCAGAGGCUUAGACAAUAAGUUCGAUAGUUGUACCAGGCAUGGGGAAAGCCAAAUGUAUGUCUCUAGUCGUAAGUAUGCCAAGUCUACGCUACGAAUUUCAAAACUAUUUGUACUUUGCAAUCUGUAGUUAAGAUUACAUUUAUACGGCUUUUAAUUAAAUCUAAGAUGAAAACUUUAAAGAUUUAUAUUUUUAUUUACUUUUAAUAUUUGACUAAAACUCGCAAUAUAAUUUGACUUUCAACAGAAAAUUAGUACAAAGGUUUUCCUUUUCGCAGAAAACUUAACUAAAUCAUUCUUGCAUUGAACUUUUAACUUGAGAAAGUCAUUUAAAUGGUAUCCCAAUAAAAAAUAUUUAAAUAACUAUAAAGAUUUUUGUGACACCAUUGAGAAUCUAGGUUUCAAUCCUGUAUUAGCUCGUUUUAGUUAUAUUAUCUUAAACAGACUGAUUUUACUUGCGUGUGAGAAUCGCGGCCAUUUAUCAGAAAUUUAAAAUGCAUUUCUUUCCAGUCCUAACUAGCUAUUAAGGCCAUUUAAAUUCCAACUCAUCCGUGUAUAUAGCCACUCGUAAUGGUGUAUAAACAUGCCCAAGCAUCUUAAACCAAAACCCAUUAAGCAUAAGUAGACCAUAAGAGUUAAUAGAGCAUAACGCUGUAGUCAAUUUGGUUUAAGCUAAUAUUUAUUUCAUAAUCAUGUGUGAAAGCUGAAUAAAGGCAACGACUUCAAGAA